GGCGCAGAGCUCUGGUGUGAAUUGUUUGGCAGGUUGUAAAAAAGUGAAAAUUUUGCUAAAAAUAUUAAAUUAAAAUAAAUUAAAAUGAUAUAAAUGUUUUAAUUAAAGAAAUAAAGUUAAAAAAUAACUUAAGCUUAUUAUUAAAAAGCUUGGUUAACCCAAUAAACCUUUUUAUUUAUACAAGUUUCUCUUUUUGCGAAUUUACAACCGGCUUUUUUGAAAAUAUUUUGCUGGUCUGUCCAAUUGUUAAUAUUUUGUGCAAGAUUUUUCACAUUACAGAACCAUGGAUGUGCAAAUAUUAGACUGUGUUAAUAACUAUUUGAAAGUGGAGCCCAUUGAAGAGGCCUUUCUCAGUGUGAUUGUCUAUCGGCCAGAGGGCGAACAAGAUAAAGCCUCUAAGUUCUCCAAUGAUAUUGUUACGGCUUUUGGCUCCAUUCCUCAAGACAGUAAAGAGGGUAUUGUGCGUCAGUAUUUGGAGAAGGCAGCCUCUGCCACUAACACCAAUCAGUUAAAAGUGUUGAUGGGUACAUUGGGCAAAUUGGCAGAAUCUCAUUUGAUUACAGCAAAAUUACUCUGCGACAAGAUACUCUUGUGUGAAAAGUUAAAUUAUGAAAACAAGAACUUUUGGAUAGAAAGUUUUAGACUAAUUAAAAAAGUUAUAGAUCAUGUAGACUACAAAGGCGUAAGAGAAAUAAUGAAAGCAUGUCGUGAUAAGGCUCAACGAUUUCCUCUCAAUGUAAAUGUCACUUAUUUACCACAAUUACUGGCACUAGAAGAUACCAUACGUUAUAUAUUCGAUCGUAAUAAUUGCCUUUUACCAGCCUAUUUCAUAGCUAAUGAAAUAAUCAAACCCUUUCCCUAUCAUUGGAAACUUAAUAAAUUAAUGACCGAUGUUGUUGAAGAAUUUCGUCAAACUGCCCAAAUGGUCUCGAUUAUUGGUCACACCCAUAUGCUGCCGAUUGUUGAACAUUUCGGUUAUGCUGAUCAUAUGAUGAACUCUUGGAAACUAGAUCCUAAUACUUUAAAAUUUAAUUUUAAAGGUAGUCUACCCUACGAACCAGAAUUAAUGGAAGAACAACCACAAUUGUUGCGUUAUGUUUUGGAACAAACCUAUUCUAAGGAAAUGAUUUCGACGAUGUUAAAUCUACAAAAACAUCAGAAACAAAGGUGUAAUACCUUAGAAGAUCAAUUGGUUAAUUUGAUCAUAAAUGCUAUGGAAAUGACCGAAUCAAAUGAAAAUAUUGCUGGCAGUAGUUUCAAUGUUCCCGAGGAGCAAAUACCACAAAACGAAUGGAUAUGGUUGCAUUUAUCUUCACAAUUGAUUUAUUUUGUUCUAUUUCAUUUUGUUAGUUUUACGCAUAUCGUAUUGGCUUUAUAUGAUAAGCUUUCGAAGAAAGAGUUACGCAAGGGUCGUGAUCAACUGAUGUGGAUUUUAUUACAAUUUAUUUCAGGCAGUAUACAAAAGAAUCCUAUUGGCAACUUUUUACCCAUGUUUAAAUUGUUUGAUUUACUGUAUCCUGAACAAGAACCUUUGCCCCUACCCGACUGCAAUAAAUCUUGUUCCUUGAGACAAAUGGCUCCCAUUUGUAUAUGGAUUCAUUUAAUGAAAAAAACUAGAAAUGAGAAUAUGAACAUUACGCGUCCUUUACCUAUUGCUUUAAAAAAUCAUCAUGAUUUCCUCCAGCAUUUGGUUUUGCCAACCACCAUGAUGUCCAUGAGUUUGAGUAAUGAUUUUCGCAUUGUUUUAGUUUGCAAUGCUUAUUCUACGAAUCAAGAGUUUUUUGCACGACCCAUGAAUAUAUUGGUAGAAGCUUUAAAUGGCAAUGCCAAAUCUGCUAAUGGUGCUGCUAUACAACCUUUACCGUAUUCCAUGGUAGUUUUAGACAGCUUAACAGUUCAUAGCAAAAUGUCUCUUAUACAUGGAUUUGUUACACAAAUGAUAAAACAAUCCCAAUCUAAAAACUCUGUACCCACACCCGCUUUAAUAGAGACCUAUGCACGUCUUUUGGUAUACACCGAAAUUGAAUCUUUGGGUAUCAAGGGAUUUUUGUUACAAUUAUUUCCGGCUGUUUUUAAACAUCAUGCCUGGGGUAUACUACACAUAUUAUUGGAAAUGUUUUCCUAUAAAAUGCAUCAUAUACCCACUCAUUAUAGAAUACAAUUGCUGUCGCAUUUACAUUCUUUGGUACAUGUGCCGCAGAGCAAUAAAAUGCAAUUGAAUUUAUGCUUUGAAUCCACCUCUUUACGUUUAAUCAAUGGCAUGGGUUCGGUUGAGUUUCAACCUCAGCUUUCGCGUUACUUCAAUGAAAAGCCACCAGCUUCGGUGACUUCUGCAGAAAGUGAAGAACUUAAUCGUGUUUUAAUUUUAACGUUGGCACGUGCUAUGCAUGUUACUGGUUCGGGAGAAGAAAUGCAGGCCUGGUGUAAAGAAUUACUAUCGAAUAUAAUGCAAAAUACACCACAUGCCUGGGCACCACAUUCAUUGGCCUGUUUUCCGCCUGCUCUUGCAGAAUUUUUUGCUCAAAAUAAUCAUCCCAUAGAAAAUAAGGCGCUAUUGAAAAAAUCCGUCGAAGAGGAAUUUCGCAAUUGGUCUUCGAUGACCAAUGAGAAUGAUAUAAUCAAUCAUUUUAUAAAACCCAAUACAAGUCCUUUAUUCUUGUGUCUGCUAUAUAAAAUGAUAUGGGAAACUGAUAAUAUAAAUCCGGUGGCCUAUAAAAUCCUAGAGGGUAUUAGUGCUCGUGCUUUGUCCGCUAAUUUGCGUAAACUUUGUGAUUACUUGAUAAGCGAAGUGGUGUCUUCAAAUGGCAAAGAAUUUAUACAUAAAAGUGUCGACUCUAUUAAUAACAUGAUUUGGAAAUAUAAUGUUGUUACCAUAGAUCGUGUGGUCUUGUGUUUGGCCCUGCGCACUUUGGAAGGCAGUGAGGCUCAAGUUUGUUUCUUAAUCAUACAAUUGUUAUUGUUGAAAACUUCCGAAUUAAGAAAUCGUGUUACCGAAUUUUGCAAAGAAAAUAAUCCUGAUCAUUGGAAACAAAUUAAUAGUCAUGAAAAACAUGUGUCUUUCCAUCAAAAAUAUCCCGAGAAAUUUGCUCCCGAUGAAUCUGCCUCACAUCCACCACUGCCAGUGUACUUUUCAAAUGUUUGUUUAAGAUUUUUACCCGUAUUGGAUGUGGUUAUUCAUCGUUUUAUAGAAAUGCCCAUACAACAUGUUCAUCAAAUUCUGGAGGUUAUAUUGGAUCAUUUAAGUGUUUUAUAUAAAUUUCAUGAUCGUCCCAUUACUUAUCUAUACAAUACUUUACAUUUCUAUGAGCGUAUUUUAAGGGAUCGUCCCUCUUUGAAAAGGAAGUUGGUUAGCGCUGUGACCGGUUCUUUUUGUGAUAUACGACCUCCUAACUGGUGUGUUAGUGAGCAAUAUAAACUGUUUUUACAAAGUCCCGAACUCUUGUGGAAUCCAGAUUUGUCUUAUUAUAUGAAUCUAAUAAAACGUUUAGCGGAGACCAUAAGUGGUAAAAAUGUAUUCUUUAAUACCGACUGGCGUUUUAAUGAAUUUUCAAAUGCUCCGGCUCAUGCCAUGUAUGUCACCUGUGUGGAACUGUUAAGUUUGCCGGUAGCACCUCAAAUCGUGGCCAAUAAUAUUAUCGAUGUUAUUGUCAAGGGUUAUGCUUUGACACCGCAAAAAGAAAUACAUUCCUACAUAAAUGCCGUGGGUAUAGUUUUGGCAGAAUUGCCAGAGGCCUAUUGGAGUGGUAUUUAUGAAAGAUUGCAGGAGGUGUUGAAUUUACCGAAUAUGUUGCGUUGGAAUUAUCGUUUUAAUGCUUUCGAAAUGUUUAACUUUAAACUGGUGCGCGAAGCCAUGGUGGAGAAAACUUUUGCUGUUGUAUUGGCGGUGGCACAUUCAAUAUUCCAUCAUAUGGGCGGUUUUAAAUUGGCAACAAUGACUAAAUACAUUAAGGAAACCUUAAAGCCGCGUGUGGUGACAGAACAUCAAUUGGUGUUUUUGUGUCAUGUAUUUGGACCAUUUUUACAACGUAUCGAACAGGAGAAACCAAAUGCUGUUGCGGGCAUAGCUAUACUACUCUACGAGAUGCUGGAAGUGGUUGACAAACAGCAUGGCCCCACUCCUUUGGAAUAUAUGGAUCCUAUAUGUGAUUUUCUAUAUCACAUUAAGUACAUACAUGUGGGUAACAUAAUUAAAAAUGAAUCGGAGGCUAUUAUCAAACGUUUAAGGCCAGCUUUACAAAUGCGUUUACGUUUCAUAAGCCAUUUGAAUAUAGAGGAUAAACAUAUCGAGAAACCCUGCGAGCAGACCACAAGUAACACCACAGCAGCAAAUACUGCCAUGGGACAACCAACAAUGGGUGCCCAGACUAUGCAAUUUCAGGCCAAUACAAUGCAACAAAAUUUUUCAAAUUUACCAAAUCAACAACAGCAACAAACACAGCAGCAGUCAAUGCAGCAAAAUGUUACAAAUAAUCCUGGACAACAAACACAGUCGGGUAAUCAACAACAACAACAACAGCAGCAGCAGCAACAACAACAACAGCAGUCACAAAACCAACCACAACAACAAUUAAAUCAACAACAACAACAAUUGCAUCAAAUGCAAUUACAGCAAUUGCAUCAGCAACAACUUCAACAACAACAGUUGCAAUUGCAUAUACAGCAACAACAACAAAUGCAGCAGCAGCAACAACAAAUGUCUCAGCCACCUAAUAUGGGUGGCGGUAUGCGUCAUAAUUAAGUACAUAAAAUGUCUUAAAUUAUAUGAAAAAUACAAUACAUCUUAUACUUAC